CGGUACUGAGUACAGUACCUUUAGAAAAUCUCUCUUCCGCUGAAUCCCAGCAGGACCCAACCGCAUGCGAUCCAUGGUUCACAGCACUGUCAGGGUACAGUGCCAACCACCACCAUCCUGACAUCACACCUACAUCCCCAAACCCAGCGCGCCACCGGCCAAAAGACCUGCUUGCUGCUCGCAUGUCCCCUUCGCAAGCCCAUUUCUUUUCCACUCAUCACAGCCCGCCUCUGCAUUCGGCCAUCACCCUCACCAUGCGCCUUCCGCUAGAGACUCCAGAUGCCACGCAUCCCGAAAUCCACGCCUACAUCCUCGGCGCAGGGAUCACCUCCCUCUCCGCCGCCGUCCACCUGCUGCAAGAAGGCCACCUCCCGGCCUCGCACAUCCACAUCCUCGAGACCCUCGACCAAGCCGGCGGCGGGACCGUCAGCUCGGGCAAUGCAGAGGAAGGAUAUCACUACCGGGCAGGCGGGAUGCCAUUGCUGAACGGGGAGGCGAUGGCGACGCUGUUCGCUGAGGUUCCGUCCGACGUGAAUCCUGGGAAGAGCGUGUUGGAUGACCUGUACGAGUACUGGGGCUUAUCGGCGGCGACGGUAGCCCAUCAGCAACAGCAGCAGCAUGGUGGACGGCUGGGAGAGGAGCCGACACAACAUCCGCAGCAGUCUCAGUGUCACCAGACGCGACUCGUCCGACGGUCGAAGCACGGCCUCGUCCGGAUCGACUGCAAGCGAAGUACAAAUCUCGGACUGCGGGAUCGAGUGGAAGUGUUUCGGUUCAUGAAUAAGAGUGAGGUCACGCUGGGGAGAUCGCGCAUUCGGGAUCACUUUGGGAAGGGGUUCUUUGGUGGAUCUUACUGGGGGGUGUUGAGUACUACCUUCGGCUUCAAAUCCUGCCACAGCGCCGCCGAAUUCCACCGCACCCUGCACAAAUUCGGCCACGACAUCGCGAGCAUCACCAGCUCGCACCCCCGUCCCCUGGACGGCGGCCAAUACAACCGCCACGAGUCGCUCGUCGCCCCGAUCGCCCGCUUCCUGCGUCGCCAAGGGGUCGACUUCCAAUUCCAGACCACCGUCACGGACAUCAUCUUCGCCGACGACGCCACCGCCGCCGGCCCAGAACCUCCAUCAGCCGCCGCCUCCAACUCCGGGUCCGCGUCCCCCAGCGUCCACACGACCCCAAGCACCAGGCAGCGCAAGCGCAGCAGCCGCCAUAACUCCAACGACGACAGCCAGAAAGCCCCAAAGCAGCACCCCCCACCGUCCACAGAACCGCCCUACCCGCCGCGCCUCGUCUCCGCCAUCAUCGCCCACCCCCUCAACGGGCCCGAGCAGACGAUCCCCGUCCAGCCGCACGACAUCGUGCUGGUGUCCCUGGGCAGCGCCAUGUCCGGCUCCAGCCUCGGCAGCAACACGAGCGCCCCACCGCUCUACCAGAUGGAGGCCGACCACGAGCUCGACGAGAACUGGCUGCUGUGGCUGGAGCUGACGACCAAGGACCCGCGCCGGUUGGGGAAUGCCUACAACUUCUGCACGCGCCUCGAGGAAUCGCGCCUGGAGUCCUUCACGAUCACCCUGCGCGCGGCGGGCGGGAAUCGCAUCCUCGAACGUAUCACCGGCACGAACGACAAUCCUCCCGGUGGAUCAUCAGCAUCAUCAUCAUCGUCGUCGUCCCAAAACGGUAGCGGGAUGUUCGUCUCCCUGAUCGAUGCCCCCUGGGUAGUCAGUCUGCACGUGCCCGCGCAGCCCGUCUUCCCGGACCAGCCGGCCGAGGUGCAGGUGCUCUGGGGGUACGCGCUGUACCCCGAGCGCACCGGGGAGGUCGUGCGCAAGCCGAUGCUGGAGUGCACCGGGGAGGAGAUCCUGCGCGAGGUGCUGGCGCAGUUGGAGGUCAAGGAGGCCGAGGCCGACCGGAUCCUGCAGGGCGCCCUCACGAUCCCCUGCGUCGUGCCGCGCAUGGCGGCGGGCUUGCUGCCGCGCGGGGAGGGCAAUCGCCCGCGCGUGAUUCCCCCCGCGAUCCGGAAUUUGGGGCUCAUUGGCCAGUUUGUGGAGAUUGAGGGGGAGACCGGAGUCGCGGCGAUGGAGUAUAGUGUGCUUGGGGCGCAGAUGGCGGUGCGGGAGUUGGUGGGCCGCGGUUCUUUGGUGCUGGGGGAGGGACAGAGGCACGGGGUGGCUGGGGAGGAGAAGGGGCAGCACCCGCAGCAGCAGCAUCGAGUCAAGGAGUCGAGGAAACGGUCUUGGUUGCCGUUGCCUUGUACUUAGCCUGGUAGUAUGUAUGUAAGGCUAUGAUGUUGGAGAUGAUGUUCUUAUG